CAGCAGUGACUCGACCUCACCAAGAUGGCGGUGCUCUCCUCCCAUGAGGAAUCACGUGAUGUCUCCUCUAGUGAUAUAACUCAUUGGGAGCCACUGUCUGCUUUUCUCUGACCUUUUUUUGUGUUUUUCCUUUUAAAUAAAGUUUUUUUUUUUUAAAAAAAAAGCCUCACCUUGUUGUGGAGCAAACUGCACCACCGACCCGCUCCGGGCUUUCUGCGGGUCACAAACGAUCCUCGGGUGUUCAGGAGGGAAACGGAUCCGGGGAUCCGGUACCGGUUCGGCUGCUGUCCGAAAGGAGCUGCGGAAACCGAGGAGACUAAGACAUGGCGGUGCAGCUGUGGUGCCUGUCGUUCAGGCAGCCGUACGGCGGUCUGGUCCUGGACGGCGUGAAGACGGUGGAGAGCCGCUGGCAGCCCCUUCUGGCCCCCCUGCAGAACCAGACCGUGGCGGUCCACAUUGCUCAUCGUGACUGGCAGGGGGAGGAGUGGAGGGCGGUCCUGAGCGGCGAGCUGGGGAUGAACGCCGUCCAGAUCGGCGCUCUGCUGGACUCUGGGGAGAGGAUGGGCCGCGGCGUGGUGGCAGGGUUAGUGGAUGUGGGAGUGACUUGGCUCUGCCCCGCCUCCCUGGAGGAGGAGGAGCUUCAGGAUCUGCAGCGAGCGGCCAUCUUGGUUGGUCUACAGGGGAAACACCUGACUCGCCUGUCGAACCCUCGAUGGCUGCAGGAGCCAAUGAGCUGCCGGGGACAGCGCCACCUGUGGACUGUGGAAGUCCCCGCCCACCUGUUACCAUGACAACAAAGGAACAUUAUCAGACGGGUCAGAAGGGUGUCCCAACAGCCCCUCCACAUGGAGAAAGCCGGGGCGGGAAUCAUACCUCCAACCUUCCAACCAGAGGUUGACCACUCCACCCCUGCAGCACAGAGACGUGUCCUCAGAUGGGUUAAACAUUUCCCAUGAGUCUUUGCAGCUAGGCUAUUGAGAACAGAAAGGUCUGGAAACGGCGCCGUCUGCUGGUGAGACCAACUUUAUUCACCCAAACAAGGAAAAACACCCGUGGACCCCCCCCCCCCCCCCCACACCACCACACAGGCCAAACAUCAAACAGCUGAUCCAACAAAAAUGGAGGGGGGGGCAGAACUCUGUAAGAACAAACUCAAACAUUCUUCAAAUACUAACACCCCCCAGC